AUGUUGAACUUAGUGAAAAACAGUCAUGAGUUAAUUAAUUCUAUUUUUAAUAGAAUUUCUGGGAUAAAAAUUCUUAUUUUGGAUAAAGAAACUGUUCAACAAAUUUCUUUAGUUUUUUCUUAUUCCGAGUUAUUAAGAAAAGAAGUAUUUCUAACAGAGUUAAUAGAUAUAACAAAUAGGUCAAAUCUUCCACAUUUUUCGGGCAUUUAUUUUAUAAGGCCAAACAAAGAGAAUAUUUCAAUAUUAUGUAAUGAGCUUAAAAAACCCUUGUUUAAGGAGUACUAUGUUUACUUUACUAAUAAUAUAUCUCCACAAAUAUUGCAAAAGAUUGCUAUUAGUGAUGAGGCCGACGUUAUAAAAAGAAUUCAAGAAGUCAAGCUUGACUUUAAUGUAAUAAACUUUGAUUUAUUUUCUCUAAAUAUGAACUACUUUGCUUCAAUGUAUAAUUUGCCAUCAAGCUGGACAACUUAUGAGGAGGCAAUCUUUUCUAGAAUGAUUGAUGGUAUUUACUCAGCAAGUUUACAACUAGGGGAGUUACCUGUGAUACGUUACUUAGCAAAUUCUUCAUUAUGCAGAAAUAUAGCAUUUGCGGUAGAAAGAAGAUUAUUAGAUUCUCAUCUAAUAGAUUUAGUAUCAGGAGAGUUAGUUAGUUCUAAAUUGGAAAUUUCUGAAGAUAAAAGAAAUGAAAAUAUUAUUUUAUUAGUAUUUGAUAGAAGGGAAGAUCCCGUUACUCCACUUCUAACUCAAUGGACAUACCAUGCAAUGAUUCAUGAAUUACUGGAAAUAAAACAAAACAGAAUAUGUUUGGUUAAUGAAGAAUUUUCCAAAAAAGAAAAAGAGGAAUUUGUAUUAUCUGAAGAAUAUGAUAACUUUUUUAAAGAUCACAAAUACGAUAAUUUUGGUGACAUUGGAUUUUCUAUAAGAGAUUUGGUGAACAAUCAUCAUGAAUCUUCCAAAGCUAAUCAACAUCUAGAAACUAUUGAUGAUAUUAGUAGAUUUGUUCAAAUGUAUCCAGAAUUCAAAAAAGAGUACAAUAACAUAUAUAAACACGUAAGUAUACUUCAUGAACUUUCGAGAAUUGUUCAAGAAAGAGACUUAAUGAGAAUAUCUGCAUUAGAACAGGACCUAACAGUUUGUGAUAAUGUUGAAGAACACUCUAAACAAGUAGGAAAUAUAUUAUCAGAUACUGGAAUCUCUAAAUUUGACAAAUUAAGACUAGCUCUUCUUUACUCUUUGAAGUAUGAGAAAGAAGAAAUACAAAUCAAUAAUUUUAAAUACCAUUUGGGUACUCAGGCAAAUUAUAUUGAUAAACUUUUGGAAGUCUUUGGUAAAGAAUUUAGAUCUGGAGAUCUUUUUCAAAAUAAGACAUUACUAAAUAUUGCAAAGAAUACUAUAAAUAAGUCAAACAGUAAUAAUAUUUAUAUACAACAUAAAACAGUAUUAUAUUCAAUUUUAGAAAAUUUGGUUAAGGGGAAAUUAAAAAAUAGCAGAUUUCCAUCUACUCUUGACAAUUAUAAUUCUUCAAAAAAACCCCUAAAAAUUAUGGUAUUUGUUGUUGGAGGUGUAACUUUAGAGGAAUCUAGGGAUGCAAAUGUUAUUAGAAACCUAUAUGAUGUUGACGUGAUUCUUGGAGGAACGAAUUUAUUGAACUCAAGGUCGUUUGUAAAAGAUCUAGAAUUAUUAAUAAAUAGUUAA